AUGCACAUGCACAUCCGACCUUCUGCGAUGUCCGAAUGCGGUGGCGACCCGCAGCGAGCACCAGUCGAUGAUGACGACGAGGCGCAGGGCGCGCACAGCGACCAGGGUGCCCAGGGCGGCAUGGCGCGGGGCCGCAACAGGCACCACGACAUGCCGUUGCCCGAUCAGAGCCUGCGCCGUGCUUGGCCUUGCGGGUUUGUCGGCUCAUCAAUCAUGGAUGCGCGCUCUUCCGACAAGCGUCUCGUCACAUCUCUCACCUCGCUCCUCAACCCCCGCCGGCGCCGUCAUCACCAGAAAAGACCUUCGUCUUCGACUGCCGCGGUCUACUCCCCAAGUGACAGCAGCUCAUCUAUUCAACAAACACCGUCUCUUCGGCCGUCGAGUAACGAAGCACCCGCUCGCGACGUGUGCAACUCUACGUCCCCGGAAGCGAGCGCAAUCUACGGUCCUCCCCCAUCCGAUUCAGUGCUGUCCACCUCUUUUCCCGGAACUUCUACUGUCGUCCCAGUGCUCAAUCGCCCCGCGGCAGGGUAUCUCACGAGCGCUAUUCAAGCAGGACCAAAUCUCCAAGAAUCGCGACGGCCGCGAACACGAACAGUGCCCCGUGACGCUGGAGCUUUGGCUGGAUUGGCAGCGGUUCGCUGCACAACUCCCGCCUUUCCGGUCGCAGAACGACUCCUUGUCAUGAACUGGCCCACGAACUGGGUCGACGCCCAGGGCCUGCCGCUGUAUCAGCUCAAUGGGACCGUCCCCUUCACCGGGCCGCAUUCAUCGACGCACAACCUCGCCAUACCGCCGGACCAGGCGGAAGACGCAUUUCCUGCACAAUACGCGUACAGCCCCGAGUCCGACACCCAGCCACUUCCCGCAACACGCCGGGGCAGCCACGGAGUUCGCGAUGACGACGAUGGCCACCGUUGGCAAACCCGUCCCGCACCUCAGAUCCCUCGCGGGCCAAGCGGAGAUGCCAAUCACUUUUGGCAACUCCACGGCCCUCGGCGCUACACGUACGGGUGUACGCUGAGCGUAGUGGCGGAAGAGAAGGGCGCUGAAGAUGACUCGGGGCUGGACCUGUCGGAGCAGUCGUCGACCGAGUCCUCUUCCUCUGGCACGUCGACGGAAACAUCCACCUCGGAGGCGACGACCUUCAACCACCUAUCAGCAAAAACGUCCGGUGACAGUCCCGCGCCGCAAGAUCACAGUCCGAAGCAGCUCGACCCCACGGUCCACCUGUCCUCCGAGCGCCGGCUGAGCAUCGACAUGUUCUCGGACGACGACACCUUCUACGACGCUCCCUCUCAGUUGGGCUCGCCCUUACCCGUGGACUGGUCUUCGGAUGACGAAGGGUACGAAUCUGCAGAGGCAGGAUCGGAUGACUCAGUUUUCGACGCCGAGAUUUGCGAAGCCAUCCAUUGUCGUCGAGAAUCGAUGUUCUCGGAUGACGACGAAAGGUUCUCCCUGUUCAGUAACUCGCGCCGACCGUCACUCGCAACCGACACCUCGUCCCGCCGCCCGUCGUUCGCCACAGCGCACGAGUUCUCAUUCGACUCCCGCCGCCCCUCCUUCGCGACCACCAUUUCGGACGAAGCGAUCGAAGACGACGACGAUGACGAUGGCGUCUCGCCCGUCUCCCCCACGACCGGCGACAUGCUCAUCAACAUCUGGAAGUCCAAGCGGUCCAGCAUGCUGUUCAUCGACCCCUCGGCACCACUACCUCUCCCGUCCCCCGCCCUUCUCGACACCCCGGUCAGCCCUCGAGUGCCGCCCAGUCCUGGCGCCGCGUCUUUCAUGUCCGCUGCUCGCCCCGAAUCAGUUCUGCUUCCAGACGAUGCUGAGCCGGAAUGCUGCGUGAGCGAAUCUCCCCAGCAGAUUGCCCUCAGCUUGGACUCAGAUCUGGCAGAAGAUGAGGAAGACCCGGACAAUACCCUCGCCACGCUCAAGGACUUCGAGCAGGAACCUGCCAGCAUCGCUCGCGUCACCGCUCGAGUUUACCUCUCCGGACGCGUCGCGCCCGCUCAGCUUGUGUACUAUGAGCUGAUGCUCGCUGCAUCGGAGACAGCGCAGUAUUCGCGCCUGUCGCGUGGGCUCCCACCUCCUGGCACGAAGCGUCGCGGGCCGCCGAAGGCCAUCGAGGUUUCCAACGGCAGAAAUUCUCGCUUUUUCUCAUCGCAUGCUGUCUUCUAG